AAUUCUCUCCUAUCAAAGAGAACCUAUUCUUAUAGCAGGCAUUCUGUAACUUUUCUGAUCGUUGCUUUUAAUAAUGCAGGUAGUCUUACUGUGAAAGCUACCUGUUGUCUUUUCUCUAGAAUGAAGAAUGGAGAUUCGAUUGAUUUGUAAAUCUGGAUCAUAGCAUUGCAGUGAAGGUUAUCCGAACUAAAAGGGGCUAUUUUAUGUCUAAACCAAAAGUGUCUCUUCGACGACUUCCUCCAUUACUAUCCGUCAGUCCGGUGGGACUCCGGUAUGCUCCAUCGAGAUACAUGUCUCCUAGCCCCAACCAGUCAUCCAGCAAGUAUCACAAGAACUGUUGUGAACCCAGUCGUUAUCCAUCACCAGGACCUGGUGGUUACUUAGAUGUUAUGCCACGCAGAACACAGAGCAGGAGCAGCAGAAUGUCUAAGACAGCGAAAAAUAAUGAGAGAUCUCAGACGUUUGGUUGGCCUCAAAAAGUAGCCGAGUACUUAAAGAAACAUGAGGAUUUCCUCGAAAAAUACGUGCUGGAUAACGUCAGCUUGGAAUUACUUGAACGAUGGAUAAUACGUAAAACUCAGCGGCAGAGGAAGAGGGCUGCGCAAAUGAGCGAAAAUAAUGAGAAAAUGCCAAGUCUUGCGAGAUGGAAAUUUUGUGUGCAUGCAGACAAGAGAGAAAUGCUUCAAGAACUCACUUCCACGUUAUUCACAUACCCAAACAAGGGGCAUGUUUUAUCUGAGCUGGCUAGGACAAUCGCUUCAGCAGUCAAUGCCACUGGUUGGAGGCUCUAUAUCUACAAUCCGGAAACAGAGGUAAAAGAACUCUGUUAUUUUGGAAAUGAUCAAGAAAGUAAAAACGGAUUGCAACCUGAAAGCUCCCUUGCAACUUACGUAAUGAAGACGAAAGAAAGCAUUCGAUGGAAAUCGGCAGAUAAGGAUGCAAGGCUUCCUGGUGGGAUUUCUUUUGAUUAUGAGAAGCCAAUUAACGUUCUUUGUCAUCCUAUUCUCCAACCAGAUGGAGAAAUCUCUGGUGUUCUUGAACUUUAUAAAGAGGACUCUAAUGCUGAAUUUCAUGAAGAAGACGAAGAGAUUGUGAAUAGUUACCUCGUAUGGGGUGGAAUUGCUUUACAUUACGCUGAACUGUACUGUACCAUGGUAAAACAAAGGGAACUGAAUAUGUUCUUACUUACAGUAGUGAAAUCAAUUUUUCAUGAUAUGGUCAGCAUGGAUACUGUUAUAUUAAAAAUCAUGAUGUUUGCUCGUAAACUCGUAAGUGCAGAUAGAGCUUCACUUUUUCUCGUGGAUGGACGGUCCAGCGAACUGUACGCCAGAAUCUUCGAUGUCAAUGGAUCUGAGGCAGAAAGCGAAUAUCCUUCAGAAAAAAAAGAUUCCGAUUUGUGCCCUGAAGAAAUCAGAUUUCCCAUUGGUAAAGGAAUAGCAGGAUACGUUGCAAUGACAGGAGAAAGCUUGAAUAUUCCUGAUGCCUAUAAUGACGCAAGAUUCAACAGGUCUGUGGAUCAACGAACCGGUUAUAACACAAGGAAUCUUCUCUGUAUGCCGAUUUUUAUCCGUGGCAACGUAAUCGGCGUUGUACAAAUGGUGAACAAAGUAAAUGGCCCUUUCACGAAAAGCGACGAAGAAGCUUUUGCCACAUUCGCUAUUUACUGCGGUUUGGCACUGCACCAUGCAAAGCUAUAUGACAAAAUUCGACGAUCGGAGCAAAAGCACAAAGUGGCCCUCGAGAUACUUUCUUAUCAUAACACAUGCAGCGAGGAAGAAAUGAACGCCAUUAGAGAUAUCAAGCUGCCUAUCGAUAAAGCAGAUCUCAAAGAAUUCAACUUUAACCACGCUGUUCUGAAUUCAGAUGAAAAAGUUUUCACCUCCAUAUUUAUGCUCACGGAUCUUCCAAAAGUUGGAAGUUUUGCGAAUAUUGAUUUGGAUUCUCUCGUUCGCUUCACUUUGACUGUCCGGAAGAAUUACAGACGAGUUCCUUACCACAACUGGAUGCAUGGAUUCAUGGUCGCAAACUCCGUUUAUGUCGUCAUUAAAAAAAGUGAAGUUUUCAGACCUCUCGAAGAAUUGGCUUUAUACGUAGCAUGCCUUUGUCAUGACUUGGAUCACAGAGGAAAAACAAACCAGUUCUUGGUCCAUUCAGCAUCGCCAUUAGCUGCUAUAUAUUCCACUUCUGUUCUGGAACACCAUCAUUUCAAUAUGACUGUUUCCAUUCUGCAGCAAGAUGGUCACAACAUACUCCGAAAUCUGUCAUCCAUGGAAUAUAAAAAGGUUUUGAACAACAUUAAACACUGCAUUCUCGCAACUGAUUUAGCCCUGUUCUUUCCAAACAAGGCAAAACUUGCUGAACUUGUAGAGGCAAAAAGGUUUGACUGGAAAUCUGGGGAGCAUAGACUACUUCUAGAAGCUCUUACAAUGACGGCUUGUGAUCUUUGCGCAAGCACAAAAUCCUGGGAACUGCAAAAAGAAAUAGUGAAAGUAAUAUUUGAGGAAUUUUACGAUCAGGGUGAUGUGGAAAAAUCCCAAGGAAGGCAACCGAUACCUAUUAUGGACAGAACGAAAAGCGAUGAACAACCUGCUUCGCAAGUUGGAUUCCUAAAAGGAAUUUGUAUUCCGUGUUAUGAAUUGCUAUAUGCUUUGAUUCCAGAGACAAAACCUAUGCUGGACGGAUGUAGAGCAAAUUUAGAAAUAUGGGAAACACUGGCUCAGAAGCAAGAAGAAAAGAAUUCUGCACAACAGAAUGGGACAGGAAUACAAGAUCCUGACAAUUCAGAAAACAACACUUAAAACGAGUAUUUAUGAGUAUUAUGUAUAAAUAGUUGUAUUUGUUGAUGAACUUUUUAUAAAUAAAUUCAGAAAUGUGAAUUUUUAACCAAUAAAUAACAGUAAUAUGAUUCAACGACAAAGAAAUAAAAAAAUAUAAUUAUAUUUA